AUGGACUGGUUCUUUGUGGUCAACUCCUCUGCAACCAGUUUCAUGGUGGUUCGAUACUCUGAGAGCUCCUCCUGCAGGCGGGAAAUGUCUUCUUUCUCUCCUGCCUCCUUCUCAGUCAGAGCGCGACUGUCAUUUUCAAAAUGCGGAAGAGGGCCGCUCCACCCGCAGCGCGAGCACUGGGCCAAUGAGAGGAACCAGAGGAACCAGAGAACCGCCGCAGGACGAGGACCAGAAGGACCGAGACAUGAGCAGGACACACCCCGCGCUGAUCACGGGUUAAAGGUGAAGCUGAUGGAGCAGGAUGUGGAGACCCCCGCCAUCCUCCCACAGGCCCAGGCGGACCAAGCCCAGGUGGACCGAGCCCAGGUGGACCGAACCCAGGUGGACCGAGCCCAGUUGGACCGAGCCAAGAUGGACCAAGCCAAGAUGGACCAAGCCAAGAUGGACCGAGCCAAGAUGGACCGAGCCAAGAUGGACCGAGCCAAGAUGGACCGAGCCAAGGUGGACCGAACCAAGAAGAUCCAGCGCUACGUCCAGAAGGAUGGAAAGUGCAAUGUGCACCACGGGAACGUGCGCGAGACGUACCGCUACCUGACGGACAUCUUCACCACGCUGGUGGACCUCAAGUGGAGGUUCAACCUCUUCAUCUUUGUUCUGGUCUACACCGUGACCUGGCUCUUCUUCGGCCUCAUGUGGUGGCUCAUCGCGUACCUGCGAGGAGACCUGGACCAUCUGGGGGACGUGGCGGACAAUCAGUGGACCCCCUGUGUCAAUAACCUCAACGGUUUCGUGUCGGCGUUCCUCUUCUCCAUCGAAACAGAAACCACCAUCGGCUAUGGCUACAGGGUCAUCACCGACAAGUGUCCGGAGGGAAUCCUGCUGUUGCUGGUGCAGUCCGUGCUGGGCUCCAUCGUCAACGCCUUCAUGGUCGGCUGCAUGUUCGUCAAGAUCUCGCAGCCGAAGAAACGAGCCGAGACUCUGGUGUUUUCCACCAACGCCGUCAUCUCCAUGAGGGACAGCCGCCUGUGCCUCAUGUUCCGAGUGGGAGACCUCCGCAACUCCCACAUCGUGGAGGCCUCCAUCAGGGCCAAACUGAUCCAGUCCAAGCAGACCAAGGAGGGAGAGUUCAUCCCUCUGAACCAGACCGACAUCAACGUGGGCUAUAGCAGCGGAGACGACCGCCUCUUCCUGGUCUCUCCUCUCAUCAUCUGCCACGAGAUCGACCAGAACAGCCCCUUCUGGGAGGUGUCCCCUGCGCACCUCCUCAAGGAGGAGCUGGAGGUGGUGGUGAUCCUGGAGGGCAUGAUGACCCACGUGACAGCAGAUUGCACUACUCCAGGUUCUGUUGAUCAUUCUGACCAGCCUCAGUGCCACAUGAAUACGUCAUUUGCAAACGAUGCCCCUCAGAAACAGAUGACCCACGUGACAGCAGAUUGCACUACUCCAGGUUCUGUUGAUCAUUCUGACCAGCCUCAGUGCCACAUGAAUACGUCAUUUGCAAACGAUGCCCCUCAGAAACAGGUAGGAUAA